CGAUGCCACAAGAAAACAGACUCGGACAUCACGUCGUCUCAAAUGAGCGCCAUCAUUCUCGUUUCCGUGCGAAGACGAAAGAACUCAGGCCUUGUCUUGGCUAUUCGAAAUCGAUUAGGCGAACAAUUACAUGUUGCAUUUCGAGUUGAACUUCAACAACCAGAAGCCAUUGCGGCAGAUUUGUGGAGACUUCCGGGAAGUACGUGCGCGAGUUCCCCGCCUUUUGCCAGUGGACGUCGCCUUCACAACACAACGGCUGACCUUACCUCACUAGAGUAUUGACAUGUUUCUGGAGUAGUUUAAUGCAGUUUUGUCGCCGCAAGUAAGGACCAGGCACUUCUGCCAUGUUGCUGCCUUCCGACGUGGCCCGUCUUGUUUUGGGAUACCUACAGGAGGAAGGACUGGCCGCUACAAGCCGAACGUUCAUCAACGAAAGUCCCAACUUGAAGGAGUAUGCGGAGUACACGGUGGAAGAUGGGGUCAUCCCUGCAUGUGUGUUUUCAGUGUUUGGGAAGGGCCUCACGACCAUCCUCAAUGAGUACAUGGCAACCAAAACUAAAGAGUCAUCUCAUGAGGUACCUGCCAUGAUGACCUCACUAUGGAAGAAGCUGGACUUUACACUCAAACAGAUCAAGUCUUUGCAAACUUCACCUGCAACUUCAGGAUGCCAGAGAGUGCGUUCACGCGUUGGAGUGGCAAACCUGGUGAGACAGCGAGCGCUGACUGUAACCUCUGCCAGCACGGUGGUUUGUUCGUCGCUGUCUGAGACCAGCACCAUUACUUGUCCUGCACAAAGUUCACACUGCAUCAUCAGCCACUCUACCCCAGUGAGCUACUCUGGUCCAGACAUGAGGGCUGUCAGCGGGACACCAGGUAGCAGCAGGUUGCUCAUGCCAAGGGACUCUCCUCUCCAGAUCACAGUUUCUGAAAGUCGUUUAAACCCCGGCCCCAUGUCUCCUGGACGACGAAAAUGGGACACUCCCAGGAAGAGAAACGUUGCGACAGGUGACGGCACAGAAGCUCCACAACCUGAAGAAGCAGUAGAUGAGAACUUCCCACAACUGGUGAUUCAAAAUGCUCGGGACAAGAUCUUAAGGGACCGAUCUCUUCAAGAAAAACUUGCUGAAAACAUCAACAAAAUCCUUGCGAACGAACCGGUUCCACAAACUUCAAGGAGCCAGUCAACCGCUAUUGAAGCUGACCAGUCAAUAGAUGAAAUCUUGGGUUUGCAGGGUGAAAUUCAUAUGAGUGAUGAUGCCAUCCAUGAUAUCCUGGAGCAAACAGAAUCGGACCCAGCUUUUCAAGCCCUGUUCGACCUUUUUGAAUACAACAAGACCAAGCCAAGCGAUGCUGAGCCAACGAAUGAGAUGACAAAUGAAGAUCUGAGCACUGACCCUGCGCAGACGGAACCACCUGGACCCUCAUCAGCAGAUGAACAAGUUCAAAAUAAUGAUCAAGGUGCCAUGCAGGUUGCUUCAGUUGCACCGCUGUUGACAGGGAUGUCCAGAGUUGCUCAGCCACGAAAAAACCGGAAGACCACGCUGUUAAGGAAAACGCUAUUGGAUACAAGUGGAAGAUCAUCCAGGAUUGAAAAAAGUUCAGCCAAACUGUUGAUCAACCCGGGACCUCCUCGCAGUGUCCCAUCAGCUGCUGUGAGCUCGCUCAGAUCAGAGCUGACCCAAGGUACAGCAGACAAUGUUGGGCAGAUGGAAGUGGAUGAACCAGCGGUUCCCUAUUCCCCUUCUGAGUGCAUGAACUCUCUGGCACCACAAGAAAAUGACAACUUGCCGCCCUCAGCUGUUCUCAGGGAGUCCUUCGUAAUCCCUUCGACAACGGUGACCAAUGCAUCGGGGACACAAUCUUCGGCAAACUUUGGAGUAGAUGGUGUUCAGCAGUCUGGAGACAAGUGUGGAACCAAUUUGAACAACCGGCCUGCUUUUUUCCAUCCUGCAGCAGUUGAGCCAAAGUCAUCCUCAGUGUUAGCUUCAAGUAGUGAGGGACAAAAACAGCCGUCUGCCCGGACAGAUGCGCCGCUGCCAUCCACAUCAUCUGCAGCAGCUGCCAUUUCGCUGACUUCCACCUCCUCCACUGCAGCCAAGUGUGCCUCGUCCACAUCUGCUACCCCUUCCUUGGUUACACCCAUGGCUUCUGGCGACCAGGUGACUGAAAACCAAAGCUCCUCAAGCAAAGAUUCAGCUGACCCGAGUAACAUAGUUUCUUUAAAGAUUAUUAUUAGUGACAACAAUGAGCAGGACUCCUCCUCAGAUGCCGCUGCUAGUCAGGCAGUGUCCAGCAUUUCUACAGACAAAAUCCCAACAAUCUACCUUUCCUCUCCAACAAAGUCCCCGAGAUGCUCGUCGAGACCAAACUUGGACGAGGCCGCAUUAGCAGUCAAUGGUUUACAGAACUCAGAAGUGCAGGGGAAUUGUGCGGGUGGAGCCACAGGAAGUGUUGUUACGUCAACAAGCCCACAAACCCAGCAAAACUACAUCAUUCAGCUGCCAGUUGAUGCAUCAAACACUCCGGUCCAAGGUGCCACCGCCAGUUAUUUCCUUGUGACAGAACCAGCUGGUGCAAAUGGUGAAACCAGGCAGAUUCUGGUGCCUGCUGGCGUCACAAAUGGGCCGUCUUUGCCCGCCAUCGGCCAGUUUGGUGUGAAUCCUCCUCCUCCUCUCUCUCAAGGCUUUACUCCAGGUUCAACAUUUAUCCUACCAUCUCCUGGAAAGCCAGUGAUGCUUCCCAUGUCUGUCAUGGGGCAGAAUGCUGUUCAGAUGGUGCCCAAUCAGAUUGUUGCUAUACCGAGCCAAGUGCCACUACCCCAAGCCGACAAGUCCAAGGCCUCAACGGUCAAACAGUCAUUAGCUGCAGGUGCUGCCAAACGCACCAAAGGGAAAGGAGCUCCAGGUGUCUCCUCAAAACAAAAAGGCCAGCAGAAAGAUUCCAGCCCCAGCCACAGGAGAAUUUUGUGUUUCGAUGCAUCUGCUGGAGUUGAACCACAGACCUCUAGCAUCGCUCCGACAAACGCGACUGACAAGUCUCCUGUCAAACCGACUGAGGAGGUGCAUACACGGCCUCAGGUGAAACCUAACAUUCUGAGUGGAAACAAACCCAAGCGGAGGGUGGAGACUGUCAGGUGUACUGCCGACUCGCAGGUUGGUGAAGGUUUUGGGAGGAUGGCAGAGAAGUCCUCAUCUUUGCAACAGGCACCUGAGAAGGAUUUAAAGAAGAAUUCACGCAAACAAGAACACGGUACUCGGAAGCAUAAAUUCCAGACCAAAAGUGCAGAUGAAGUGAAUGCAUCUCAUUCUGUGAAAACCUCAGCAAAACCAUCAGCCUCCAAGGACAGGAGCCACAGUGAGGAUAAGAUGAGUGAGGACACGGCAGCUCAGGACUCUCACACACUGUCAUUUUCAGAAGAUUCUGCGGCAAAACCAGGUGGCAGAAAAGACAAGGAUGAGAGCAAGGAAACGGGAGACAAAGGACCUGCCAAGUCACGGGACAGUCGUUCUGAUAAAAGGAUGCAGGACUUCCCAAAUGUGACGGCUAACAAGGAAAACGAAGUAAAGGGCAGCACGCAAGAUCAGCAGCAGGCAACAACUUCAAACCCUCCUGCCAUCAGCCCAAGUUUGGCAAGUUCUGCCAAGGUUCCAUCUAAGACCAGCUCUCUGGCCAAACAGGCAGCUGAGAUGCUGCAAGACAUCCAAGGGCUCAACUCCCCAGUGAAACCAGGGAGAAGGCCAGCAGCAAGUGCUUCAGACCUGGCUGCUCCUCGCACCCCUGGGACCACCUGCAACCAGGAAGACAACAUCAGCAGCCCAAGGACUCCUUCUCGAACGAGGAGGGGCAAAGACACAGAGGGGACCCCCAAACAUGUGCUGCUUCCCAAUACCCCAGAUGUUCCCGGCUGCAGUCCCGCCAGUGAGGCUGGCAGUGAGAACAGCAUCAACAUGGCCGCCCACACACUGAUGAUCCUGUCGCGGGCUGCGAUAGCCAGAACCGGCUCUCCAUUGAAGGACAGCUUACGUCAAGAGGGAGUGGGAGAAAAGUCUCCAGCUAGCUCGAAGACAUCCAAGAAGAGGAAGCAGUCUUCUCCUGCUGCGAGCCCACCAGCAAAGAAGGAGACAAAGAAGUCCCCUGUCAAGAAGAAGGAGCGGGAGAAGAAGAAAAUUGUAGACUGUUUUCCCCUCGACUUGGAUGUGGACAAGUUCCUGUCGUCACUACACUACGAUGAGUAAAGAGAAGGGCACAUGGACUGACUUCCAUCAUCACACUACCGACUUGGGUUACAAUCCAGGAAUAGAACAAGCCAUCUGCUCAACCAGUGCCUAGGUUCCAUCCAGCAACCUAACCUGCAACCGUAUCAGCCUCACGGUGUCUCCUCCAGCCAGUCAGGCCUUUGCUUCUGCUCUUGACUUCACAGUUGUGCAAGUGAGGAGAGAAAUAGAGCAACAGUGUGGUUAGAAUAGCACUUUCAUUGAGUUUCUUAUCCCCACUCGUCAUCCGGGCUUAAGGCGUCGUUUUAAAACAUGAAGAAUCUUUAGAGGUUUGUAUUUUAGUGGCUCGACCAAAAUGGUCUUCUGUUGGCCGCCGACCCAACUUUGGCUUUGUGAUUCGCUUUGGUCAGUUGAAUUCAGUCAACUUUCAAAGUCUGUAUAAAACAUUUUAACAUGUCAGUUGUUUUACCUGUUGCCAAUGUGAAAUGAAAAAUGUGAAUAUUGGAUAUAACUUUUUUUUUUGCUAAUUUAGUGGGUGGACGGCUUGGCCUGCACUAAAUUUGCUCAGUGUUGCAAUAAAGCAAAGAAUUUGUGUAACAUCGAAGAGUUCACAUUUCUACAAGCAAUAAAACCUCCGUGGUGUUGA